AAAUAUUGAACAUUGAGCAUGGGUCUUCACCGCCAGCGUUAUGCAGGUCGACUGGGAGUUCCAUGCUUGUUAUUUGCCGCGAACCGUGCAGAAGACACUUGAAGUACCUCCCAUCGGUCGAUAGUUGAGUUUCCACGUUUUCAUGCCAAACCGGUCCGGAGAUUCAUUUUACGGUACGGCUUCAUGCCGGCGGGCGAUUGCUACAAAUUAGAAGAAUAUUGUCCACUUUUAAUUGGCGCUAACUUGUAGCAGAAGGCUCAGAUCGUGCCUCGAGUCGAGGAGUAGAGAGCACGUUCAGUACGCAACAGACUGUUGCCUAGGUCUAACGCCCUGGUAUCAGGCUUUGUUGCAUUGAGGAAGUCCCGAGACGAUAAGACCUAUCGUAUUGUGUCUUAAGAACUUCCGCGCUUCGUGAAGCAUAUACUUGUAGCUAUCGUCUUUGAAGUUGCAGCAAGAUAUGGCCUUGUGUGUGGACCGAGUCUACCGCUUCUCUUCUUCCAUGAGAUAGAUAAUUGGCUGUGUUCUAUCUCCGCGAACACUUACUCCGCUUGUAGCAUUGAUUAAUCAUCUCUGUGACAGAUAAGAAGAUUUUGACCCAAAGUAGAUGAUUUAAUAUACCGGAUUGUGUAGCACUGUGGACUGUUUUUCUGCGGGAUAUUCGGAAAUCCAAAGACAAGCGUUUCGAUUUUCUUGUCAUUACACCAAGCUACGUAUGUUUAAUAAAAUACGCCAGUUAUUGGAUACUCGUCUAACGACAAAGUGAGUCAGUUGUACACGCGGCUCUCGGCGCAGACGGUAUGAGAAUACGCGAAGAGAGCAGCAGACGAUAGAUUGAAUUCCCAGUGCUCGAGCAGACGACAAACGAUUCGAACUCGGAAGGUGCACAUUUAGGUCGCUAUCGGAUGUGCCUGGCCCAAGGCAUGUCUGCGGACUGAACACUCUUCAUAGAAGUAAUAACUGCAAAUUCAAGCAUCACAGCAGACGACAAUUUUUUGGUCGAUGGAUAAUGAAAUGACAAAGUCGAGAUGACAUAGCUUAACAGUGAAGAGUGUAAUAGAUGUGAUAUGAUGUCCUGACGUGCAUGCUUUGGAGAGCAAUAUAUCUCGUACUGACACAGAUACCCUAACCAUGGAGCCUCAUGUCCAAGUGAUCCAAAUCCUCUUCAUAGGACUUAUGGGGUGUUCCUCAACACGUGGGGAUUUCCAUGCACCGUGUUACGGAUGUCGACUCUUCAACAUCGUCCACAGGGAACACCCGGAUCUCUCGGUACGGAAACCGGACAACAAGAUGUGCCGUUACCCGUGCCAGUGUCCGGUGGAGGAGCUCCGAUGUAACGAGGGCGUGAACAUCGUGAAGGACGGCUGCAGCUGUUGCUACAUGUGUGCACGGCAACGUGGUGACUUCUGCAACAGCAAAGACAUCUGCGACACAAACAGAGACCUCUUCUGCCAUAACAGUACAGGGACAUGUCAAGCUAAAGUGAAGAAAUCCUGCGUCAUGGACGGUUCCACGUACCGUGACGGGGAGCAGUUUAAGCCUGAUUGCAAGCGCCUGUGUACGUGCCAGAACGGUUACUAUGGGUGUGUCAGUCUGUGCCCCCAGGAAGACAGCAAGCCGUCCCUCAAGAACUGUAAGAACCCUGCCCUCCUCCCUGUCCCGGGCAAAUGUUGCAAGGAGUGGACUUGUGACAAGUUAGAGGACUUCGCAUACAGAGACAGCUCCAUGGCGCUCGAGAGCCAGAACCUCGUCAUGUACAGGCCCUUUGUUUCCCCUCAAACAAUGACAACUCCAAAGCCAGUCGUGACAACGCCGCCAUGUCACUUGACGUCAACGGACUGGACGCCUUGCUCUGUAACCUGCGGCGUGGGCGUUUCUGUCAGGGUCAUCGCCGACGUCAUCAACUGCAAAGCAGAGCAGGAACGUAGAGUGUGUUUUCUCAGGCCUUGUGGCGAAGAAAUUUCUACUCUGGGUCGCAAAAAGUGCACACCGACUACUCGCAGUGGGCAGCGUUACAGAGUAGAGUACCAGGACUGCCGAAGUGUGAAAGAAUUCAACAUGAAAUUUUGUACGAAUUGUAAAAAAGACCGUUGUUGUUACCCUCAGAAAACCAGGACCAAGUUCGUAGAAUUCGAAUGUAGUGGUGGCCGACGUGAAAUAAUGAACUUCAUGUGGAUCAAGAAGUGCGCAUGUGACCGAGAAUGUUACAUUCCUAACAAGAAGAAGCGUCAUAUUUGGGACAAUCGGCAUUGAAUACAAAAUAAAAUUGCACAUGUCACCAAACUCAAAAGAUCAUUUCGAACAUGCAUAUGAACAUGAUAUAUUACAUGUGCAGAACACAAACAAAACGUUUAACAUAUUUGAAGCCAAAAGUCUUGGAACCAGAUUCCCAGUGGAUGAGUACCACCUCAUCGAGAACAGAAAUGAUGGGAAUCGACAAUUGAUCAAUACUAUGAGGUAUUUCCAUCAAACAGACUGGGAAAAUCUCCAAGGAUUAGUUUACAUAAAGACGUUGAUGAAUAAUAAGAUGCCUAUUGAAGCUUCGUCAAUAGUUUGUGAUAAUCUGGAAGGAAGCCGUUCAUGUUUGGGAAUGGUCCUUUGUUUAUAUUGCAAACUAUUCCAGUGCCUGAAAAUAACAGAACCCUACGUGUUCGUACAGCAAAUAGCUUAAUAACAGGGACAGCGUUUGCUGAUAUCACCCUGACGAAGCUGCGCACGGAACAUUAUUGACGAGUCUGCCCAUAACAGCUUUACAGACUUCAAAGAAGUGUGUUGUUAAAACGCAAGCAAAAAACCUUAUGACAAAAUAAUCACAAAAUAUGAUCGAUCCAGAAAGCUGUCUCAUACUCCCAUUGCACUUAAACGUUUGUGGUAAGAUGGGGAUUUCAACAGCGAUCUCGACUGUGACAUAUAAUGACACAACUGCUUGCAAUACGAAUAUGUUGACCGAAGUAGGAGACUGAGGUUGGUCUCUAACAUAAGCGGUUGGCAUAAAGUUUCACAGUUCGUCAGGGUAACUGGAUACACUAACUAAAUGCUAGUGUGUCUGACCCUCUCAACGUUAAGGCAGUUAGUAUUGGUUAAUUGAAGUCUACGGUGACUAGACUAGAACUACUUCACAAAGGUAAUAUUUUAAAAUGAUGAACUAGUUACGGAGAAGCUUUUGUUCGGACACACCGAAUCCCCGACAACUGUUUUGGGGUAUGUCUGCAAACGGCUGCUGGAACUUCAGUCACCGAUUCGCGAAAUGGGAAAAGGAUUAAUUAAGGAGCAUUGAUUGGAACGGUGCCAUCUGGAUCAACGACGUUUCUGUGUGGUAUCAUAUUUGUACAUAUUCGAGUACUGAGAUACUCUAAAUCAGACACAAAAACUGUCCCGCUACACCGUUUGAUUUUUGUGACAGUGUAGGAAGCUUUCAUCACGACAUUAUCAGACUGUGAGCCUGGAACUACCUUAGACCGACCA